UUUAGAUCUCAAUUUUUUAUUAUUUUUAUCUAUUAGAUUUAUUAAUAUUUUGGGGCUCAUUCAUUAGAUGUUUAUUCAAGAUGUCGUCCGCAUCGUCUCAAUCUCAAUUCUUCCUGAACAAAGUUGAUGAGCUUCAAAAACGAUUAAUGGCUGAAAAUCGUUCUCAUGAUGCUGAUAAAAAGAAUAGAAACCCUGACACAUGUUCUCCUAGCCCUAGACGGCCACGUAUAUUGGGGACAACCUCUUCACUGCCUGGGCCAUUAUUUAACCAGAAUCCAGCCAGAUCAAGUUCAGAAGGUCGUCGCAGGCCUAAUAUGAGUGGCAUGAAACUAGAGUGCUCUCCCAGAUCUCCCCUGCGAGUGGUACCAGACAGUGCUGAAAUUGAUCAGAAAAUUGAAGAAAUCAUGAAACAGUCUGGUAUUUUAACAUUUGGUGAUAAGAGACUUCUCAGUGCUAUAGAAGAUUUACAGCCUGAGGGAGAAUUAGGUCAUGGCACCUGUGGUCAGGUCACUAAAAUGCGCCACAAACCAACUGACAAUUUGAUGGCUGUAAAACAAAUGCGCAGGUCAGGGAAUAAAGAGGAAAAUAAAAGGAUAAUCAUGGAUCUCGAUGUUGUUAUCAAAAGUCAUGACUGUCCAUUUAUAGUUCAGUGUGUUGGUACAUUUAUUACUAAGAGUGAGGUCUGGAUCUGUAUGGAACUUAUGUACACAUGUCUAGAUAAGUUGCUGAAAAGAACUCGGCGGCCGGUCCCAGAGAAAAUAUUAGGAAAAAUUACAGUAGCUACUGUUAAAGCCUUAAACUAUUUAAAAGAAACUCAUGGUGUUAUACACAGAGAUGUGAAACCCUCCAAUAUACUUCUGGAUGAGAAGGGCAACGUCAAACUGUGUGACUUUGGUAUCAGUGGACGUCUAGUGGAUUCUAAGGCCAAGACUAGGAGUGCAGGAUGUGCAGCAUAUAUGGCUCCUGAGAGAAUUGAGCCUCCUGACCCAACACGACCUGAUUAUGACAUAAGAGCGGAUGUCUGGAGUCUAGGAAUCUCUUUAGUUGAGCUAGCUACGGGAGAGUUCCCAUACAAAAAUUGUAAAACAGAUUUUGAAGUUCUAACGAAAGUGUUACAAGAAGAGCCUCCACAACUAGGCCGAGAGUUUUCAAUGGACCUUAGGUCAUUUGUUAAAGAUUGUCUAACGAAAGAUUGCAAGAAAAGGCCAAAGUAUAGAAAGUUACUAGAACAUCAGUAUUUUAAAAGAUCUGAAGCUGAACAUGUAGAUAUUGCAGCCUGGGUAGCAGAGAUGUCUCCUCUGAUGGAGUUGAAUAGACCUUCAUGAUAGGAUUAUAGAGUUAAUGUUUCUUACAAAGGCCUCCAUAUUGUGAGCAGUGCAAGCAAGGCAGGCGAAGGAUUACUUGAAUAACUAAACUAUUUAGCAUUCAGUUCUAUUGUGUCAUGGAGACUUCGAUCUCAGCUCAACUCCUUCAUCCGGUCUACCCUAGCCUAUACAAAUACUUUGUUCACUGCUUUUUUUUUUUUUUUUUUCCAAGGGGAGCAAAUCAAAUAACCAGCUCAGAGAGUUUAUAUCCCCUCAGCAUGUGUACAUUAUGCUUUUUUUUUUUUUUUCGUUUAAAAUCAAACUGGCUUUGUACCUUUGUUGUGGCCUAAAUAAGUGUAUCGCUUUAGGGUUUAGUAAUCACUGAAGCUAAUUAAUACAUUGAUGACUGUUCCUUUCGUGUUUACCAUUCGAGCCUAUUUCUGUAAAAGAGACCCAAUUAGUUGCCAACUUGAACCAAGAAAAUAAAAAAAAUAUUACCUCUGCUUCAGGCAUCAAAUAUUGUGGAGUUUUGGGGUUACUUUCAGCUUGUAUUUAGUUUUAGCCCCUAGAUAUUUGAAUAAUUGAAUGGCUUUUUGUGUAUCAUUGUUGUUUUUAUUAAUUAUAAAAAGCUGUUGACUAUGUUCAGUGUCCAAACUUUUACAAGUGUGAAUUCUUGCUUUACUUUAAUACUAAACCAUGUGGCAUCCACUUUAAAAGCAUGUAUAGGGACAUAGUUGGAUCUAUACACAAGCGUAUUCGGUUGAUAGGUAAGUUUUCUAACUUUGGAAACAUAGGGGCUCAUUUUAGCGGUGUGAAGUUUAUGGAAGAAAGCAGACUUACAUGUGUGAGAAUGUCAGGCUUUGACCUCUGGUGAGCUCAUUUGUUGUGGUUGAGCACGCUGUGCUACCGUACCACAAUUGGAAGCUUUUUGUAUGUUUAAUAUUCUAAUGACUAACAGACAUUAAUAUGUUUAAAUGCACAAGUUGAACCACCCGAUUAUAUUGCUGAUGUCGAGAACUUGUUUGCUAUAUAAUUAUGUAGACAUGAAAUAUGUUUGUAUACAAGGCCUUCUGGAAUGUCUUGUUGUGUCGAGAUGAAAUAUGUUUGUAUACAAGGCCUUCUGGAAUGUCUAGUGGUGUCGAGAUGAAAGAUGUUUGUCUACUAGGCCUUCUGGAAUGUCUUGUUGUAUCAAGAUGAAAGAUGUUAGUCUACUAGGCCUUCAGGAAAGUCUUGCUUGUUGACAUGAAAGAAUUUUGUGUACCAAGUCCUUAGGAAAGUCUUGCUUGUUGACAUGAAAGAAUUUUGUGUACCAUGUCCUUAGGAAAGUCUUGCUUGUUGACAUGAAAGAUGUUUGUAUACCAAGUCCUUAGGAAAUGUAAACCUACUCUGUGUAUUCAAUUCAGUCUCUAAGGCAGCCCUUGAGCACUUCAUGUACAAUUAUUUUUGUAUAAUCUCCUUUCUAUUAACUCUUUAUUCUUAUUCUUCUGCGUUAUCAUUAUUUUUUUGUUGGAGGGUUCAGGUGACUAUAGAACCAAUAUCUGAGUUGAACUACCUAGUGGUUCCCAAAUCAGGCAGCUCCCCAUAUUUUUUUUUUAUCUAUAAGGGGUGUUAUGAGGCCAGUGUCUUAUUCUGGCCUCUUAAUGAAGCAUGCAGUCUUGAAGGAUUGGGCAGCAUUCUCUGGUGACACUCCACAAAGUCCCAUCUUUCAGCUUUUGCAGCAUACCAGUAUGUGGUCUCAUCAUGUUGUGUCCAGUUCUGAGGCGAAAGAUUAGACAUUGAUUAACUUAUAAUUAUAACUUAUAAUAGGCGUCGUCUUUCUUGUGAUUCACAUGAGAGCUUGUCCGUUUCUCAUUUAUUCUAUUCACUAUUAGUUUCUUCAGUUCUUCUGGGUAGAGUGCAAUUUUUAAUGGUGUAUCUCUUCACCCACACUUGGCAAGUGUGUCAGCAUUCUCAUCUCCUUCAAUUUCAAUAUGUGCUGGUAUCCAGACUCUCUCUCUCCAGGUUUCUUCAUUGAUAAGUCUGUACUAAAAUAUUCAACUUUCAUUUUUUUAUUACUAUGUGACUACUGAGCCUUCACCUUAGUACAUCAUGAUGAUGCUUGUUUUCUUUUUAUACUGUCAGUGUAGGGUCAGGGUCGUGGGACUGGAAUUUCAUUCUGGUGGGGCAUGAUGGGCUUGUAUCAAACAGGCAACCUUUGUUUGUAAUGUGUAUACAAAAUAUUAGCAUAAAAAUAUAAUAAAAUGAAAUGAACCAAGUCUGCGGUGAAUGAUUGAAGUUCAAAGCUGACAUGUUGCCUUAGACUGAUCCGCGUGCUGUCUUGUAAGGUCUGUGACCAGAAAUUUAUUUUGAUACUAUUCAGUGGUUUAAAAAAAAAAUGGGGGAAUUUUAUUUUAUUUUUAGAAGUGAUGUUUUACUAGAACCACAAGAGGAAUGCUGAGAACUUGUUUUUUAUUUAAAUAUUUCAAUUCAUCUGUUCUUUGAUAAAAUACUUGAUAAUUUUGAUCCAUUGCUGCUUCUACUUUGGAUCUUGUAGUUUAAGCUUAGGAGUUACAUAGAUUUCGUCUUGUGACUUGAACAUGACCAUUUGCAGCAGUCUUGGAGGAAUGUUAUAAUUCAAACCUGGGACUUGAGUUUGCUUGCAGUAAGUCUAUGUGUGUUCAUCUUUGAAUAUGUGUGCAUUGAUACUAAAUGUAUGCUAAAUUGAAUGUAUCUCUAAGUAAUUGAUCUCCAUUAUUUUAAAAUCUCUUUAAUCAGUUUGUUGUUUUCUUUUUCCCUUGUAUCAGUAAAAUGAAAAUUGAAUUCUUUAAACUGUUUAAGUCUUAGAACUAAUAUUUAUAUAUGACACCUGAUAACUCUUGUCACAAUUAAAUUGACAAUAAGAGGCUGAUGGGUCACCUCAGGCUGCCUGGCUAAAGGCUUGGAUAGCUAACAGUUGUUUAGGAUGUACCUGAUAGUUGGGUAUUCAAAGGCUGUUUGGUUAGCAUGCUAGUCCAAUAAAUAUCCAUAGAAAUAUAUGAAUUCUUUUAACUACACCAGCCCUAUAAACCUUAUUCUGAAAGGAGUGUCAGUAAUACGCUUAAACGUUUAGUUUUAGUUAGCACAAAUAUUAGUAUAUUUACUUCUGACACCAUCUUUAAAAUUUCUAGUUAAGUAAAUGCCUGUUUGAUGUUGCUCUGCCUCUGAAGGAAGAGAAAAUGUAUCAUUUUUUUGUUUAUAGCAGCUAGGCUAAGAAAAUGGCUCCAUCUAUAAUAAUAAACUCUGAAUUAUUUUAUAAAUGUACACAUUGUUUAUUUGUUGAGUGCCCUCCUUUAGGAUGCCCAGUUUGAACAUUUUGUGUGUAGGCUUGUCACAACUGUACUAUCAAAUGGUAUUGAGAACUACUGCACUUGUAUUAGUUAUUAUACAUAUUGUUUUUUUUUUUAAAUGAGUAACCUUCUCUUGAAUCACUGACACUUAUAUCAGUGUGUGAUCAUACCAGGGAACCUACAAAUGUCCCAUUAAAAAAUUUGAAAAAGUG